AUACCCCUGUCGUUACUAAAGUAUGCAAAUAUACCCCUUUAUUUAAUGGAAAUUCACACGGGCGAACAUUUAGCUAAGAUGGACACCACGUGGCAUGCCACAUCAGCGCCACAUUUUUACCACUCACACAAAACCCCAUUUUCCUUCUCUUCUACACAGAAAAUACACACACAACACACCCCGUCACUACAGAGACCUCCAUUUUUUGCAUAUUGACAGCAAAUACACACCACAUACUCGACAUACAUAUCCAUAAACACCAUACACACACACUUACUGAUUUAGACUAUAUACACAGACCCAAAACAAUAAUAUCGAAAAACAGACCACGCUCGAACUCGAUUUCAUGCAAACAGACCAUGUUUCACUCGUUUUCGACGGGUUUAGGUCAUUUUCCAGCGAGGAGCUUGGUUGCCAGUGAGAGGGUAUUUCCGACGAGCUGAUCGAAUUUUUUCACUAUUUCCCUCAUUUUCUUCUCAAUUUUUCGAUCUCCGAUCUCUCCCCUGUAUUUUUUCUUGUCAGUUUUCCUCUAUCUCUCGACCUCUUUCCCUCUCACUAGUGUGUGUGCGUAUCUCCAUGGGUGUGUUGCUGCGGUGUGUAGCUGUGAACAGAUAACCACAGAAAAUGGCCUCCUCCGAUUGGUUUUGCUGUGCGUGAGCUCUGUGGGAAUUGUGGUGUUGUAUGUAUUGUUUCUUAGCGAGUUCCCUGUGCUUGUGUAUUGUGUGAAUCUCUAUCCCUUUUAAUCCAUUCCUCUGUGUGUGUAGUCUAAAUCAGUGAGUGUGUCUAUGGUGUAUAUGGAUGUAUAUGUCGAGUAUGUGGUGUGUGUUUGCUGUCAAUAUGCAAAAAAUUGAGGUCUCUAUAGUGAUGGGGUGUUUUAUGUGUGUAUUUUCUGUGUAGAAGAGAAAGAAAAUGAGGUCUUGUAUGAGUGGAAAAAAUAUGGUGCUAUGUGACAUGCCAUGUGGAAUCAAUCUCAGCUACAUAUUAGCCCGUGUGGAUUUUCAUUAAAUAGAGGGAUAUAUUUAUAUAUUUUAAUAACGGCGAAGAUAUAUUUAAUCCUAAAAUUUAACUAAGAAUAAAUAUAAUCAAUUUAUAAAAGUAGAAGGGUAUUUUUAAUCCUUUCCGAAAAAAAAAAAAAUCCACCACCAAGUGCCCCUCCCUCAUUCUCACAAGUUUUAAAUCCUCUCAGAAACACGCAAAACUUUCUCAGAUCUCAAAUAUUUUUUUCCCAAUACAGUUACAAUCAAAAAGAGAAAGAGAUCCCACAGAGAUUCAUUGCAAAUUUCUACAAUCCAUUAUGGCCCGUGAAGAGAACGUGUACAUGGCUAAGCUUGCCGAGCAAGCCGAGCGGUAUGAAGAAAUGGUACAAUUCAUGGAAAAAGUCUCUACAUCCUUAGGGACAUCAGAGGAAUUAACUGUAGAGGAACGGAAUCUUCUUUCCGUUGCCUACAAAAACGUCAUCGGAGCUCGUAGAGCCUCAUGGCGUAUAAUCUCCUCUAUAGAACAGAAGGAGGAGUCGAGGGGGAAUGAAGAACAUGUUAAAUGUAUUAAGGAGUAUAGAUCUAAGAUUGAAUCUGAAUUAUCGAAUAUCUGUGAUGGUAUUCUUAAGCUUCUGGAUUCUAAUCUCAUUCCAUCUGCUUCUAAUGGUGAUUCUAAGGUGUUUUACCUUAAGAUGAAAGGUGAUUAUCAUCGUUAUUUGGCUGAGUUUAAGACUGGUGCUGAACGUAAGGAAGCUGCUGAGAGUACUCUCUCCGCCUACAAAGCUGCUCAGGAUAUUGCUAAUGCUGAACUUGCCCCAACACAUCCAAUCCGACUUGGAUUGGCUCUCAACUUCUCUGUAUUUUAUUACGAGAUUUUGAACUCUCCCGACCGUGCUUGCAAUCUUGCUAAACAAGCAUUUGAUGAAGCAAUUGCUGAGUUGGACACACUGGGAGAGGAAUCUUACAAGGAUAGCACUUUGAUCAUGCAACUUCUUCGUGACAAUCUCACACUCUGGACCUCUGAUAUGCAGGAUGAUGGUGCUGAUGAAAUUAAGGAAACCAAACCUGACAGCGAACAACAGUGAGGGAACUGGUCCGCAGAUUAUCAUUGAACUUCUUCCUGGUUGUUUUUAUUGGUAGAAGCUGCUUCUUUUUAUUUUCUUUCUGUUGUGGUUUCUGUUUAGCGUUCUCUUAUCCGUGGCAAUGAACAACUUUGAAUAUUGAUGCUCAAUUGUUUCAUCUUUACUUUAGCGUGGUUCUUUUUGGUGCUUAGUUUCUAUGAAAGCAUUUCAGUUGUAUUUGUGAACUGGAUUUAUAAAAUGGUAUAUCGAAGACUCAGCAAUUGGGUUUCAAUCCAA